UGACGAUUUAACGGGAUGAGUUUUGACCUACGAUGGCUGCCGCCAGCAGGAGCCAUUAUUACAGGGAGCCCAGACCACCAUUCAGACGGAAAAUAAUGCCUUUUAAAUCUUACUGGACUGUCGCUUUUCUAAUUUUUACUGCAAGCAAGUGUUUGGCAGACGAUGACCAUGAAAUGGAAGAGUUUUUGAAGCGGGAGUAUUCCCUUUCCAAGCCAUACCAAGGUGUGGGAUCGUUGGGCUCCUCGCACUGGGAGCUGAUGGGGGAUGCCAUGGUAACCACCGAGCAGGUACGCCUCACACCUGACAUGCAGAGCCGGCAGGGGGCAGUGUGGAGUCGCCUUCCUUGCCAUCUGACAGAUUGGGAGAUGCAGGUGCACUUUAAGGUUCAUGGGCAAGGGAAGAAGAACCUGAAUGGUGAUGGGCUAGCCAUAUGGUACACCAAGGAACGUGCACAAAAAGGUCCUGUAUUUGGAAAUAUGGACAACUUCACUGGCUUGGGUGUGUUUGUGGACACAUAUCCUAAUGAGGAGAAACACCUAGAGGCACAGAAGAAAAGAUAUACUCCUCGCACACAGAGGAUUUUCCCCUUCGUUCUGGCCAUGGUUGGGAACGGCAGCAUCAGCUAUGACCACGAGCGGGAUGGUCGGCCAACAGAGCUGGGCGGCUGCAACGCAAUGGUGCGCAACCUCAAACAUGACACCUUCCUCUUCAUCCGAUACGUCCGCCGCAGGCUCACGGUGAUGAUAGAUAUUGACGGGCAACAUGAGUGGAGGGACUGCCUGGACAUACCCGGGGUGCGGCUUCCCAAAGGUUAUUAUUUUGGAGCUACAGCCAUCACUGGAGACCUCUCAGAUAACCAUGAUAUAAUUUCCCUGAAACUCUACCAACUGACGGUGUUGCGGAGUCGAAAGGAAGAGGAAGAGGAGGAAGAAGAGGAGAUAACCAUACCCAGUGUGGAUAACAUGGAGCUACUCAGAUUGGGUCAGACUGAAGAAGGGAUGAGUGGAUUAGCUAUUUUCUUCACCGUCUUCUUCUCCAUGUUGGGCUGCAUCUUCCUCAUCGUUAUCGGCCUAGUGGUCUACAGCCACUGGAGCGAGAGCCGACGCAAGCGCUUCUACUGAGAAAGAACAAAAAAAGAUGGUGGCGAUUGUGAGGACUACUGUGGACCCAACCGCACUGAGACGGAAGUGAACCACUGCUGUCGGCCAGUAGAGUGCAGCAGGUUGUUUUUAUCCUGAGGACAACACUGUUUGAAAAGAGGACGAAGUAGAUGUAUCACCUGCUACAAAAAGCCAUUGUCCAACUUUGCCAUUGGUCGUCAUGAAGCAGUAGGACUUUAUUUUUGUCCUGCCUGACACACACCAAGUCGGCCUUACCAUCUUCACCUCUGCACUUGUUACACAGCGGCAGACAUGCAUUAUGACAUCUAAUGAGCAGCUACAUUUUUAUUUUCACCGUUUGCUGCAUAAUGACAAAUUGAAAUUUCUUUACUAUUUUUCAGUUUACUGAUGGGAUUUUAUGCCUUUGUGAAACAGAAAUAUAUAAGAAUCUAAUGUGUUCCCACUCUCUAGAGUCUAGUGCGACUUGAAGCGCUAGCCAUAUAGCACUAAAAACCAAUGAUGCUGUGCUUACUCUAGGUCCUUGCUAACUAAAGAUGCAUCCAGGCUUGCAUUAGACAAACGUCUGAGUGUACUAUGUAGUAUGCUGUAUAUUCUCAUCAUGUAGUUGUAGUGUGCAUGACAUUUGUUGGAUAUUUUUUAAUGAAUCGUCUAGGCAACCACUGUUGUUCGUUAACAUGAUGCUUUAACUUUUAUGUAAAGCGUAUGCAUAAAACUGACCUGUCCCAUUGAUGCAUGUGGCAAAGCAAUUUUUUUUUUUUAUCAUUGUUCCCUUCCCCAAAUUUUAUGAGUAUAUAAGAAAAUGGAUCAAAGUUUUUUGUUGAACAGUUUAGAGCAAACUCUUCUAAAUAUAUAUUUAAGUAGAUACAUUUAAAUAUCUGAAAUGGACUUUGCACUGAAGAGAAUUUGAAUGACUACUCAUUUAUUGGAAGUCAUUUUUAUUUGCACACUGAACACUAAAAUAGCUUUUUUGUUUGUUUCUUUUUUCUUAUAUGUAAAAACACCGCCUCUGUGUUUCCAUCAUACGGUCUAUGCUUUUGCAGUGAACUGAACAUGCAGGUUGCCUCCUUUGGAUGGAGGUGGUGGCCGGGCCCUGUCGACAUCUGUAUGUUCUGGAAAUGGCUGCAGGCCUCAUGUCAACAUAUUUUUUUAUGUGGUACUUUGUUUUCAUUUGUGCAAUGAGUAGGGAUUUCCUUAUUUCCCUGAAGCCACUUUGACAACCGCCCUACCUUAUUUCUGUUUUUUUGUAUAUCAACCGUGUGCCUCAUAUAUCCAUUCAAUGAUCCAUAAAUUACAGUAAGUAACUAUU